CCGCCGCUUUAACCAACUUCUCAACUCCGACAGGGAAAGUGGCUCAAAUGCGCAUUCUAUCACAGUGGAUGUGAACCAACCCAGGCGAAGACAGCGUGAAAUACUGGUUGGAGAACAUUUUAUAUCCCUUUUCGGAUUAAUUUUCAUCUCACAUUUGAAUCAUUUGGGGUUUUAGCAUAUUAAUUUUGUAACCCUGUCAUCCUGUGCGCACCCGAUCUUGUGUGCGCCUCUCUUGAAGUAGACUUUUUCUCUGUUGGUGGCGAAGUUUAAAACCAGGUGAAUGUAUAGCAUGAUGAUGGAAACUGACCUUCAUUCCCCGGGUCCCCAAACGAACACGACCACGGGGCAAACGGGGCCGAACAGCGCGUCCAAAGCGAAUCAGGAGCGCGUGAAGAGACCGAUGAACGCUUUCAUGGUGUGGUCCCGUGGGCAGCGGAGAAAGAUGGCACAGGAGAACCCCAAAAUGCACAACUCUGAGAUCAGCAAACGGCUGGGCGCCGAGUGGAAGGUGAUGUCCGAGGCUGAGAAGCGCCCUUUCAUCGAUGAGGCGAAACGGUUGCGAGCCAUGCACAUGAAGGAGCAUCCGGAUUACAAGUACCGGCCAAGACGGAAGACCAAGACGCUGCUGAAAAAGGACAAAUAUUCCCUUGCCGGUGGACUGCUUUCUGGGCCCAGUGGGGGCGGUGGAGUUGGUUUAGGGGUCGGAAUGAGUUCAUCCGGGGUCGGGCAGAGGUUAGAGAGCCCCGGGGGUCACGGAGGCUCCGCCAGCUCCGGCUACGCGCACAUGAACGGCUGGGCGAACGGUGCGUACUCUGGGCAGGUGGCUGCAGCCGCGGCGGCCGCGGCGAUGAUGCAGGAGGCUCAGCUAGCCUACAGCCAGCACCCGGGGAGCGGAGCGCACCACCACCACCACUCACACCACCAUCACUCACACAACCCGCAGCCCAUGCACCGCUACGACAUGACAGCCCUGCAGUACAGCCCCAUCUCGAACUCUCAGAGCUACAUGAACGCUUCUCCAUCCGGCUAUGGCGGGAUCACCUACACACAGCACCAGGGCUCCGGCGUCUCCUCCUCAGCUGCCAUGGGGACGUUAGGGUCGCUGGUGAAGUCGGAGCCGAGUAUUUCUCCGUUGUUGGAAUAACAUCUGCACUGGAACUUUUUGACAAGAGCAAACUGUCCAUCAUGGCUAUCACAAGUGGACAUGGAUCACUGUGGGGCCUGUGAUUAACAGAUAGCACCUCGUCUCCACCGCUGGCAGGCCAUCAUUACGACGAGCACUAGAAGAUAGUAGGUGCUGUGGGCGAAAAGACCUUUAGGAAAAUGUCAGCAACAGUCAGAGCCCCCAAAUUUCCUCCAUUCACGCUUUCCCAUGUGAUGCUACCUUCUCUAAACCCCUUAAUUACGCAAACCCCUUUCUCCCACUGCCCAGUGUUUUGUAUCUAAGUACAGUGUCUGAUUUCAGAGCAUGUGGAAGUUUUAUUUUCUUUUUAUUUUAUGUGCUUACCUAAAGAUCGGCCUUUAAAACACACACACACACACACACA